UAGUGGGGCUUGGAACGCAGGAGAGUGAGAAUGAGGCUUGGAUCUUAGGCAUAGCAGGAAUAAGGAAGAAAAUAGAUACAAGAUCGUAGGAAGAACAGCGAGGGGGAAGAUGUGGACACCCUAGAUGAGUUACAUGAAAGCCCCACAUGCCUGGAACAAUGUGCACCGUAGUGGCGCGUUGCCUAAACACUCUGACCCGCAAAUAUGUGCAUGUGAGACAUCUUUCUUCUACAGUGGGCAAGAGCAAACCUGGGGAUGAUCUCCCAACCUUUCAGUAUGUCGGUAAAAGAUCCAAAAGGAAGGACCGAGUUUUUGUUUGGGGCUUUUCUUACACAGGAGCAUUGGGCAUUCCCAGCUUUGUAGUACCCGACACAGGAAGAAAAAAGCCAAAGCAAUACCAGCUCACUCCGUAUAGGUUGGAUAUGGAUGCAAAGAUUUCAUCUGCAUCCUGUGGGUAUGGAUUUACCCUAUUAUCUUCUAGGACAACAGAUGUCACAAAAGUUUGGGGAAUGGGAAUAAAUAAGGAUUCUCAGAUUGGCUUUCACAGGAGCAGGCGAGAUCGAACAAAGGGUUAUGAGCACAUCCUGGAACCAUCACCAGUACCUCUACCUUUGGACAAGCCACAGGAAACUCGAGUUUUGCAGGUGUCAUGUGGCAGGGCACAUUCUCUGAUCCUAACAGAUAAUGAAGGAGUUUUCAGCAUUGGGAACAAUUCAUAUGGCCAGUGCGCAAGGCGGGUUAUUGAUGGAGAGAUUUAUAGUGAAAGCCAGUUGGUGCACAGAGUAAGACCAUUGGCGAGCAGAGUUGUUCAGGUAGUAUGUGGUCAAGAUCACAGUCUCUUCAGGACCGAGCUAGGAGAGGUGUAUGCAUGUGGUUGGGGAGCUGAUGGCCAAACAGGCCUUGGUCAUUACAACAUCUGCAGUGUUCCUACAAAGUUGUCUGGGGAUUUGGCUGGUGUGAAUGUUGUCCAGUUGGCAACCUAUGGAGAUUGCUGUCUGGCUGUAUCAGAAGAGGGUCAGGUGUAUGGCUGGGGAAACUCGGAGUACUUACAGUUUGCAUCCAUCACUGACCUUUCACAGGUCAAUAUUCCGAGGUGCCUACCAUUUCAGCAUGUUGGGAAGGUGAAGCAGGUGGCGUGCGGUGGAACAAGCUGUGCUCUAUUAAAUGAUGAUGGCAAUGUUUUUGUUUGGGGUUAUGGAAUACUGGGAAAAGGGCCCACAUUUCUGGAGUCGGCUAUCCCUGAGAUGAUUCCUCCAACACUAUUUGGUCAGAAUGACUACAACAAAGCUAUCGGAGUCUUGAAGAUCUUUUCAGGGCUUGGCCAUUUCGCUGCUGUAACAGAUGUCGGAGAACUUUUUGUUUGGGGUAAAAACUUGAGAGGCUGUUUAGGUACUGGAAGGUUGGAAGAUCAGUAUUUUCCAUGGCGGGUAACUGUUCCUGGAGAAGUGGUGGACGUUGCCUGUGGUGUAGACCAUAUGAUGGCACUUGUGAAAUCUCUUGCCUGAAUGUGGGGAGGGGAAAAAAAGCAUUUUACAGGACAGUCUGUUAUUUAUUGUUACACAUGAAGGAAAUUACAAGGAGCUCAACGCCUGCCCCCAAGCAGUGCACUUUCCUGUGACAAAGCUGUUUGUGUUUCUCUGUGUAUUAUGAAUGACCUCACAUUGCAACUCUCUUUUUAUAAAUAAAAUUACUUUUUAUUAGAAGUA